AUGGAUAUUAUUGCACAGGAACUGGAUCAACUUGAGCUUGAAACACGAGGGCAAGAAGAGUCCGCCAACAGGGCGCUGUUAGCACCACAGGGCGAACCUUCCUCCACGUUCAAAUCGGAAAAUGUCUCUGUUGCUAGUCCUCCAAACAGUAGCGGGUACGAUAUGACAGAUUCUUUGGACGAAGCCCCGAUCGACUUGAGGACUUUGGUGUACGUGUCUAUUCCUGAACAUCUCAAUUGCCCCAUAUGUCAACUCCCUUUCAUCAAUCCAUACACAACUAUAUGCGGACACACGUUCUGCAGGACAUGUAUUCUGGAAACUUUCAAGUCUCCCUUGGGGAACAAGUGUCCUUUGGAUCGCAUUGAACUGAACUACAAAGAGGAACGUCAAGAAACUGAAGAGAAAAACUACAACGAUAUAUUCCCUGCCCCCAUUAUCUUGAGCAACAUCACGGACGACCUUCAAGUGCGAUGUCUGAAUGCGUCUCGUGGCUGUAAAUGGAUAGGACCCCGCUGGUCGAUCAAGCAGCAUCUUGUCAACUCCUGCGAUCACACGCGGUUCCCUUGCGAACACGAGCUGGACGGUGGACAAGUGUGCGGCAAGCUGACUGAACGUCGGUUCCUAGGCGACGAUUGUCCUCACGAGCUAUUUGAUUGCGCAAAGUGCGGCGAAAAAAUAAACAUUGUAAGUGAGGAACAUCACCUGAAAAACGAGUGCACAAAGAACUUUCACAAAUGCAAUGGUUGUAACCUUGAGUUUCCAGAAAAAAUGUUCGAAAGUCACGAAAGCUACUGUGAGAAAAUACACGUGAGGUGUCCAGGGAAGCAGUACGGCUGCGAGUGGAGGGGAAGCAGAGAAGUGCUAUCUCAGAUCCACUCUUCAGAGUGCGUUUUUGUCAAGCUUUCAGGGUACUUCGAGCUGCAAGAAGCAAAGAUGAGCGAUCUGGUCGAUGAAAACAAGAUGCUCAAGUCUCAAAUAUCAACGAUACUCGACUCUAUCACGCAGGGCAAGAUGACGAAUCUUGGCUAUUCUCUGCAGCUGGAAGAAAUCAUGGAUCGCGAUCGCAGUACCGAUCCUGGCAGGCUAUUCGACAACCUGCAGGACAAAGACUACAUCCAACUCAUGAUGGAGCUUGAGGUGCUCAAGACAGACUUGAAUCGCUUGAGGUCUUUGGCGUCAGAGUUUGAGCUGAAUAAGCAACUUGUCACGGCCGUAGCCAACGAGAAUAUCCAGAUCAAAGACGAAUUACACAACCAAACCGCUGCUCUUUCUUCCAUGAGACAGCAAAUACAGUUUAUGCUGUUGGACCGAAGAAGGCUUCGUUCCAAGCUCAUAGACGCAGAAGCGACCCCCUCACCCAAAGAAUCGUCCUCUGGCCGGUUCACGAACAAGCUCUAA